AUGGGCAGACACGGCGCCUGCCUGAGCGAGCGGCGCCUGGCCGCGCUGCUGCGGGGCCUCCUCCGCGCCGGCGCCCACGGCGUGUCCGGCCUGGGCAACGCGUCCGCCGACGAGAACUGGGAGUUCACCUCGGCGCUCUUCUUCGCGGCCAGCGUGCUCACCACCACAGGGUACGGGCACACGGUGCCAGUCUCGGACGGGGGCAAAAUCUUCUGCAUCCUGUACGCGGCCGUGGGCAUCCCCAUGACACUGGUGCUCUUGGCCUGCCUUCUGCAGGCGCUGAUGCCGGUCCUGAGCUCCCGGCCCGUCCGGUACGUCCAGCGCCGGUGGGGCCUGCCCCUGGCCCACGUGGCGCUGGGCCAUGCGCUGGCCCUGGGGCUGGCCACCCUGGCGCUCUUCAUCCUCAUCCCAGCCAUCUGCUUCUGGGCGCUGGAGGACCACUGGAACUUCCUGGAGUCGGUGUACUUCUGCUUCAUCUCCCUCAGCACCAUCGGCCUGGGAGACUACGUGCCCAAAGGCCGUUCGGGGCCGCUGUUGCACGAGCUGUACGAACUCAGCAUCACCUGCUACCUGCUUGUGGGUUUACUGGCGAUGCUGCUGACCCUUGAGACGGUGUACCAGCUACGAGAAGUCCGUGCUCUGUUCGCCCUGUUCGCUCCCUGCCGCAACCUGGCCCAGGAGGACGAUCAGCAGGACAUCUUGGCACAGGACGAGUUUGCCUUGGCCACGGUGUCGGGGUCCCCUUGA